CUCCCUCCCCCCCCCCCCCCCCACAACCACCCCCGGCUUUGUUUAAAUCGGUUUGUGCAAAAUAGAAUGACAUUUUGUUUAGAGUUGGAAUUGUGAAUCUGCCGAAGAUUUCCUGUUCCCAGUCCGGUCGCUGCUGCAGUUGGGAAAUAACCAGGUUCCAGUGCUGCUUCCUUGUCGGAUGGAGAGAGGGAGCAGGUUCCAGGGAGAUUCUGGGAGUUAAAGCGGCUGCACCAUGUCCUGCUCCCAGCGCCUGCAGCCGCCUCGGGCUGCUCCCUGUACAACGGUUCUCGCAUCCUCCCGGUUUCUAAAGGGGCUACAGUAACAGCACUGAGGAUGGACGAUGCUCCUGAGCUCCGGACUGACGGUAACUCUCUCCUGAAGGCGGUAUGGUUGGGGAGGUUGAGGCUGACCAGGCUGUUGCUGGAAGGUGGGGCAUACAUUAAUGAGAGCAAUGAGAGAGGGGAGACCCCCCUGAUGGUCGCGUGUAUGACCAGGCACGUCGACCAGCAGAGUGUGAGCAAAGCCAAGAUGGUGAAGUACCUGCUGGAAAACCAGGCGGACCCCAACAUCCAGGACAAGGCGGGGAGGACCGCGCUGAUGCACGCCUGCAUUGAGAGGGCCGGCGAAGAGGCAGUGUCUCUGCUGCUCACUAACGGGGCAGACCCCAGUCUGGAGGACCACUCCGGGGCCUCUGCCUUGGUUUACGCCAUCAACACUGAUGAUAAAGAGGUUUUAAAAUGUCUUCUAAACGCCUGCAAAGCCAAAGGAAAGGAGGUCAUCAUCAUCACUACUGACAAAUCUCCUUCUGGAACCAAAACAACAAAGCAAUAUCUAAAUGUCCCACCUUCCCCGGAACUAGAGGAGAGACACACUCCGCCUCUCUGUAUGUCCCCCUCUGACAUUGAACUCAAGACAUCGCUGACUCCAUCUCCCACCGAUGACCAGGAAAGCGAGAAGACCUUUAAUUUUCAGGUGAUGUCACACCAGAGCGGCGGUUACACUGGCAAAGCCCACAAUGAGCCCAGCUCCCCAACCAGGAAGGUCAACCCGAAGAGAAUGGGGACUCGCUUGCCACAGCUGAAGAGGCUACAGUCUGAGCCCUGGGGCCUGAUCGCUCCCUCUGUCUUAGCGGCUGCUGCCCUCCAGGAGGAGGAGUGUAAACGGGCCAGCCCCGAUGAGGAGCUCAUUCAGGGCAUUAACGGCCUGGCGCUACCCAAACGCACCACCUUGUCCAGGACCAACAGCAUCGAGAGUAAAGACCCGUCCACCUUCCCGUUUGUGGGUGACCCAACCUCUCGCACUCCCUCCACCUCCGCUCCAGUUUCCCGGAAACAAUCUUAUGAGAAAAGCCAGAGCCAACACCAGCCCCUCGCCCGGAGGAGUACCCUCCCGUCUGAGCAGGACACUGGAGCGGUCAGCCUGAGGGACACCGUGCACCGCAGGAGGUUGGGCAAUGACCAUUACGAUUCAGACUCCCAGCUUUACUCAGACUCGCUCUCCAAUCCAUUCGAUUCCAUCAAAAUCACGUUCGAAAGGAAAAAGCACAACACCUCUCCGCUGACGCUGCUGACCAGCUCCCGGGAGUCCCUGGACAGUAUUUCCAGCACCUCCCCGGGCUCUGUCCGCCGCCGGCCCCCGGGUCUCCUGGAGAGGAGGGGCUCUGGGACCCUCCUGCUCGAUCACAUCUCCCACACCAGGCCAGGCCACCUGCCCCCACUCAAUGUCAAUCCCAACCCGCCUAUCCCUGACAUCGGCUGCAACAGCAAACCGUCCUCGCCGCUGACGAUGGGCCUGAAAUCCCUGGUCCCUGUGGCACCAUCUUCACCGAAACGGAACGAAAUGAAAACCAAAAAGAAGCUGGUGAGGAGGCACUCCAUGCAGGUGGAGCAGAUGAAGCAGCUCUCUGACUUUGAGGAGCUGAACACUUAGUGCAUCUGACAGCCCCAUCUCACCUUCAGAUAUCCAACAGAAUGUAAAUUAAUUCAAGAUUAUAGUUAAAUAAACCUGAUUAGUCUUUUCCUUUCCAGUGUCCGGGGGAACUGGGCUGGCAGCAUUAGGGAGCCGCAUUUCAUUUGGAUAUAAACCAGUCGCCAAACUGGACCGAAAUGAGCUUAACUUCAACGAUGGUGGGGGCUCCCCCGCCACUGUCCCCUUUCCCUUGCACCGGCAACUGGGAGGAAGGGAUCGGGGCCGGUUUGGCACUGGAGCUGGUGACAAUGAAAUGAGCCCAAAGGAUAGACCCUUUCCCAUGGAGACAGCCAGGAGCCAGGUUUUGAUGGCAGGAAAACUACCAGUUGCACUUCAAAGGGCAUUUCCGCCCCACACUCUCUCCCGUUAACUGCCAAAAGACGUGGUCACUCCUGACAUAACCAAAGUGCUGGUAUUGUUUUGGUUUCAGUGAAGCCUUAGUUUCCAGGCCGCGCACAGACUCGCGCAUUCUAGAUUUUGUUGCCUGGACAGUUUCCGGCGAGUUAAUCACCGCAAAUAUUUCCCUAAUUGUGACGGAUUUAAUAUUCCAACUAUCGAAAUUUUGGACAUCAACUAACUAGCGUAAAUUCCUGCACACCCCUCGGACGUUUUAAAAUUAUUCUUAAAGAGAUGAACGUGUGAUCUUGCCUUCAAUUGACAAGUUACCAUGGAAUCAGAAAGGCGGAGGGGACUUUCUGCCUGAAAGUCUUGAGCAUGGUCAGUGAAUUGACCGGUUUUGUUGCAGCAGCAGCAGCAGCAGCCAGACUGUGUACCCAUGUACAUAAACCCAACUUGCCAGAAUCACAAAGGCAACUUUGAUUAUUGUUUAAGCAGCAGAAUUCAACCGUAUCAAUAAGACUAUUUACUACUGUCCAUUUGUGAAUGCUGUCGAACGGGAUCCUUAGUUUAGGCGGUAUUCCUUAUUCCACUUUGACGGCAGUAGAUAUUA